AUGUCAACUCCAAUCCUCAGGCGCGUAUUCACCUCACGCGCCACCACCAUCACUACCACCACCACCUCAUUCUCCUCCACUUCCACCUCAUCCCACUCUCUCUCCUCUCCAACUUCCGACACUUCCGCCGUAUCAACCGCCGUAUCAGUGCUAACCCACCACCGCUCUAAAUCUCGUUGGUCUACUCUUCUCUCUCUCUUCCCUCAUGGUUUCACCUCUCCUCAAAUUUCCCAAAUUCUCCUCGAAAUUCGCAAUAAUCCCCAUCUUGCCCUCCACUACUUCCUCUUCACCACCCGCCAUCAUUCUCUCUCCUCUAUCAACUCUUACGCCACCAUAAUCCAUAUUUUAGCUCGUGCCCGCCUCAAAUCUCGUGCUAAAUCCCUAAUUAAGUCGGCCAUUAAGGAAUUUGAGUUGAUGGGUGUUGAUGAUUUGGGGGGGUUUUCUGGUAAAAAGUGUAAACUUUUUAGGGCAUUGGUGGAAAAUUACAGGGUAUGUGAUUCUGCACCCUUUGUGUUUGAUUUGUUGAUUAAAGCACUUUUAGAGAUGAAUAAAUUAGACCCGUGUGUUGAUAUUCUUAGAAUGUUGCAAUCUCGUGGGAUUUACCUUAAUGUUGGUACUUAUACUGAGUUGAUUUCAACUGCUUUGAAAAAUAAAGGGUGUUUCUUUGGAUAUGAUUUAUUUAGAGAGGUGUAUGGGUGUGAUGAUAGUAAGGGAAGACAAGGUGUUGCCUGCAAAUUAGUGCCGAAUGUGCAUACAUUCAAUGACUUGAUGCUUUCGUUUCAUCGAAACGGGCUGCUUGAUAUGGUGGAGGAGGUUUGGAUUCAGAUGGUUAAGUUGAAUUGUACAGGAAACUCUUAUAGUUAUAGCAUUUUGAUGGCGGCGUAUGUUGAGGAAGGUGAUAUGGAGAAAGCUGAAAAAGUGUGGGAAGAGUUGAGAGUGAAGGGGUUAAAUCCUGAUGUUGUUGGUUAUAAUACAUUGAUUGGUGGGUAUUGUAGGACAGGUGAGGUUGUGAAGGGAGAGGAGCUUUAUAGAGAGAUGGCAUUUCGUGGCGUGGAUGGUACUUGUGUUACUUAUGAACAUCUUAUACAUGGGUAUUGUUUAGCUGGUGAUGCUGAUUCUGCAAUGCUGUUGUAUACUGAUAUGCGUAGGAAGGGGUUUAAACCGGAUAGUGUAACUAUUGAUACAUUGGUUAGAGUUCUUUGUUGUGAGAGAUCAGUCUCAGAAGCUUUAGAAUUUUUCAGGGUUGCCAUGGAAAAUGCUGAUUUUGUCGCAAAAGAGUCAAGCUAUGAGUUACUGAUAAAGGGUCUGUGUGAUGAAGGAAAGACAGAAGAAGCAUUGAAGCUUCAAGCACAAAUGGCAGGGAAGGGGUUUAAACCUAGUUCAUGUGUAUAUGGUGCUUUCAUUGAUGGUUAUAUGAAGAUAGGAAAGGUAGAGGUAGCAGAAAAUCUGAGGAAGGAAAUGUUGCUAAUUUAA